UUCUGCGUUAAACAUUACCUGAGUUGAAGUUCUUUAAAAUAUCAAAUCGAAACAAAUCAAAAUGAAAUCGUUCGUAGUAUUUGCUGUCAUCGCCACCGUUAUUGCUGCCGUAAGCAGUGCCCCACAGUUUGGAUUCGGAGCAUCCGGAGCAGGAGCCAACGCCGCAUCCCAAGGAAUGGGAAUGGGAGGAGGAUUCCCCGGCAUGGGUGGUGGCAUGAGUUCCUCAAACGCCAACGCUGCUGCUCAGGGAGUCGGAAUGGGCGGCGGAUUUCCUGGAAUGGGUGGCGGCAUGGGAGCCUCGUCUGCAAACGCUGGCGCUGCUUCUCAAGGGCUCGGAAUGGGAGGAUUCCACGGAAUGGGAGGCGGUAUGAGCGGAUCGAACGCGAACGCAGGAGCACAAAGUCAAGGCAUGGGCAUGGGAGGACCUUUCGGAGGCAUGGGUAUGGGCGGUUCGGCUGCGAAUGCCGGUUCUCAAGGCUUCGGGCAGGGAUUCGGUAGAUAAGUUGUAGCAUGGAAUGAUGCUGAUUCCCACUAAGUGUACUAUGAAUGUUUAUUUAUUAUGUUUGUGUUGUUGUUAUUUAUUUCAAAGCUAAACCUUUAAACCAGGAAAAAUGUUUGAUUUCGCUAUUUAAUGUCAAUGGAAAAGCCAAAAACAAUAUUGUACGUCUUCCUUCAAAACAAUAAAUAUAUUUA